AUGCGGCCGGGCGGAGCGGCGCGCGGCGGCGGCGGCGGCGCUCGGCUUCCACUGCUGGGCGUCCUGCUCGUCCAGGGUGUUCACAUCGUCCUUUCCUUGGAGAUUAAAGCGGACGCCCAUGUCCGGGGUUACGUCGGAGAGAAGGUCAAGCUGAAAUGCACUUUCAAGUCCACUUCGUCUGUCACCGACAAGCUCACCAUAGACUGGACGUACCGACCCCCCAGCAGCAGCCGCACAGAGUCCAUUUUUCACUACCAGUCCUUCCAGUACCCAAGCACCGCGGGCACGUUCCGGGACCGGGUUUCCUGGGUCGGGGACGUGUACAAAGGGGACGCGUCCAUCAGCAUAAGCAACCCCACCCUGAGGGACAACGGGACGUUCAGCUGCGCCGUGAAGAACCCCCCGGACGUGCACCACAACAUCCCCAUGACCGAGCUGACAGUCACAGAGCGGGGCUUUGGCACCAUGCUGUCCUCUGUGGCCCUUCUUUCCAUUCUCGUCUUCAUCCCCUCGGCCGUGGUGGCCGUCCUGCUGCUGGUGCGCAUGGGCAGGAAGUCCGCGGGGCUGAAGAAGAGGAGCAAGUCCGGCUAUAAGAAGUCGUCCAUCGAGGUGUCGGAUGACACUGACCAAGAGGAGGGGGCCGACUGCAUGGCGAGGCUGUGUGUCCGUUGCGCCGAGUGCGUGGACUCAGACUACGACGAGGCGUACUGAUGGAGGGUCGUGUCCUGAGGAGUCGCCGGAGCAGAAGCGCCGCCAUCUGCCGGCAGGAAGGCCUGGGGCGCGGAGCCCGCCGGACGGCAGGGAGGGCGCCCGGCCCUCGGGACCCCUUGGGGAGCGCUUAUUUAUUGACGAAACGUUCCCUUCGUAUUUAUACACCGCGGGAACUUUCAGAAGAGACUCGCGACUACCCCUUUUUAUACCUUAUCUCUACUGAAUGAAGCAAUUCUUUUCCUGGGUAGAAAGAUACUCUUUAUUUCACCUUUGAUCUUGAAUGUAUUACAUGUUUUCUUCCAAUUACUUGAGGGAGAAUCCUAGACACUGGCCAAACUUCUGACGCCAAGAUACUGUAUUUUUAAUGAAACGAAGCUUGUAGCUUCCUGAGGUACUAGCAGACGGAAUGGUUGGGGGGCAGGUAUUCUGUGUUCUGCUCUGUGAACAUGCGCAGCUGCGAGCUCACGCUCGGCUUGUACAGUGUGGGUGCCGCGGACUGUGCGGCACGAAUCUCCCUCACGCUGGGGCAGGCGUCUGCCCUGCCCGGGCCUUCAGGGCGCCGGCGUCUCCAGUGAAGCGAAGGCCUGGGGAGACCCAGGGGCUGCUCUUUUGUCCUGCCAGGUGCAGCGCGCCUUGUACUUCCCUUUUCCGCCUCACCCGGGGGCAUUUUUGCACUUAUCGUCAGAUAGAGCGGG